AUGACUGGGAUGCGCAAGGCUUGUGGUGUCCUUUGCCUGCUGGCCGUGCCGUGCUUUGUGACGCCGCGAGUCCUGUCACCAAGUCCAGUGCAUCGUGUUGCCAGCGGUGCCAGCAAUCGCAGCGACAGCAGCACUAGCAAUGCUGGAGCUAGUAGGCCCCUGCUGCUGGGCCUUGUUGCAUGCGCAUGUGCUGCAGGGCGGCGCGUGUUUUCACGGGCGCCAGUGGCGCGGAAGGCCCAGGGCUGGGAGGACAUCAAGGUUACCCGCACCAUGGCUGGCUCGCCACGAGCGAAGGUGAUGCGCAAGGCCUGGCCCUGGGAGGAGGAGGACCCGUAUGCCAAGUGUUCAGCCCUGAAGCUGGAAAUCGGCAUGCAGUUCUCCAAGAACAUGCUCACCACCCUCAACAAGCUGGCGGAUUCAGCGGACACCUCUUCGGACGAUGGCCUGCAUAAACUGAUGCUGGACGUGGUGUUGGCCCUCAAGCGGGCUGAGACUUGGCGUUGGUGGUCGGAGUUGGUUGAGGAGACCUCUUGGCGCUAUGCGGACUGUGACCAGAUGCUGUUCGAUGCAGAAGACGAGGGCCGAGCCGCAGCAGGAAAGCUUCAACGCUGGGGAUUGGAGGCGCAAGAGAAGUGGGGCGAUGGAGACUGGGAGAAGGACAAAGAGAGCCGCAUGACGGAGUAUGUGGUGGUCACCCUGAUGGUCAGUUGCUAUGGCGCUAUCUUGGAGGCCAGGGCUGGCCGAACAGCCAAAUUUUGGAUCGACAUUGACGCUCCAUUUUUUAGUGGGAAACCCAAUGAAUUGAGAUUUGGGAUGGAUGGCAUCCAUCCAAAUCACCGUUUUUCAUGGGAAAAUCACAGCAAGAAUGGAGUUUAA